AUGAAAAAACUAAUAAACACAUUCUUACCCUAUUACACCCACAACAAUAUCUUGACUCCAAAUUUAACUUUAAAAAGAAAGGCAGAUUUUUUUUUUUUUUAUUUAGACCGUUACAUUUAUUCCCCCUUAUUAAAUACAUUGUUGAGAAACAAAAAUGUGAUAGAAAAAAAUAGAAUAAAAAAAAAUAUUACGAAAAUAAUAGAAGACAAGUUGAAUUUAACAUUUCGACGUAAUUACAAUGUAAGUAAUGGAAAUGAUGAUAGCAGCGAAUAUCUUGAUAAAGGUGUACGUAAAAAUUAUGACACAAAUAAGGAUGUAAAUAACGAUUUUGUUGUCAAAGCAGAUGAUGAGAUAAAUGCCAUAUGGCCAGAAGGAAUUCCUUACGUGACGCCAUUAGAAAUAAAGAAAAACAAACAAAUGAAAAAUGGAAAAUAUAACGUUAUUUAUAUUGGGCAUAUGAGUAUUUUAAUUCAAAGUGCAAAUUUUAAUAUAUUAGUAGAUCCUGUAUUGUCUAAUAGAAUUGGUUUAUUUAAUUUAGUAGGAGUUAAAAGAACUAUAAAAGCAGGAAUAAGUUUGGAACAUUUACCAAGUAUUGAUUUUAUAUUGUUAAGUAAUAACAGAUUUGAUACAAUGGAUAAAAGUACGUUAAAAAAAAUUGUUUUAAGAGAUAACAGUAUAGUUAUUGGUGGUAUGAAUAUACGAAGAUAUUUAUUUAAAAGAAAUUUCCCCGUUGUUUAUCCCUUAAAUUGGUUUCAGAAAUUAUCGUUUGAAAAUAUGUCUUUUUAUUAUUUACCCACCAUAACGAAUAGUCAUCGAUAUUUUAUUGAUAAAAAUGUAUACCUACCUGGGUCUUUUUUAAUUCAUGAUACUACAACAAAUGGUUCCAUUUUUUAUUGUGGUCAUUCAGCAUAUUCAAAUCAUCAUUUUUUGCAAAUUCAAAGUUAUGUGAAUACUGUUAUCAAAAAUAACACUAUUGAUUUGUCGAUUCUACCAAUUGGCAUUUAUAAACCAAGUGCAUUAUAUUCCCAUUUUCACAUGUCCCCUCAACAAGCUGUACAGAGUCACAUCGAGUUGAGAAGCAAAAUGUCAUUGGGGGUAGGAACGGAUGUUUUUUGUUUAGGUGGGGAAAAAUAUAAAGAAUCUACCACAGAGCUUGCGAAUAUUUUAGCUAUUUACGAAAAUGAGAAAAAAGAAAAAAUUAAUUUUGUUACAUUACAACCAGGGCAGAACAUUACAUUGUAG